AUGAGGACGCUGUGUUAUGUUUUAGGAUUUUUAUUGAUAGGUGUUUUCGCGGAUUCUGCUAAGAAUGUUAAUCAAGAUGUAGUUGCUGAAACGGAAGAAGUAGAAAAAACAAGGCUGAUCAAAGUAGAUUAUACCUUUGAAACAGAAUCUGUCUUGUACGAUGACAUAGCCAACAAAGAUUCCGCAGCAUCAUUCAGAACAGAGGGAAACUUCACUUUCCAAACCUUGCAUUAUGAUAUGGAAGGCAACAUUCUUGCGAGAUUUGAAAUGACUGAAUGCAGAAAGGGACCUUGCAAUGAUUUACCGCCAGUUCUUAUGUCUUUCAGCCAGGGAGGUAACAAUCUAGAGGGCGCAUAUAUAGAUACCAGUAAUCACCCGGAUGCUAAGCCAACUUGGAAUGUAUUGUGGGGAAUUGCCAGCUCUAUUUAUACACCCGCUCUCCAUGGAGAAGGUGAUAAGCAAGUUGUGCCUACCGUAUUCGGAACAUGUAAUGUACAUUUUUCUCGGCCUGAAGACAAGAAGUUCAAACGAAUUAUUGACAACUGCGAACUGGGGAACAGUCACUUCAGAAAUAGUUCCAUGAUUGGUGGAUUGGAAGUUGCAGAGUAUAGACAAGAAGCUUUAUAUAAACAAAACACUAAAGUUGAUGCUGAUAUUGUAAUAAUAGAAGCAGUUGAGUUAGCCAAGCUGCGCAAUCCUCUAGACUCUAAGAUUGGUUUCCAAUUUGAAAGCAGAUUGUACAUUCAAAUCACUAACCGUACUCGGCUCUAUGUUCCUCGCCCAUGUGCUUUGGAAGUGAAUACCCAUAAUUGUGCUUUACUGCUCAAGGGAAAACAGACAGGAACUCGUCUCUAUGAGGGCAUGUCUCUACUUCCUCCCACUGAAAAUAAGUUCGCAUCAGUAUUUAACGAGUACAGAAACCAUUUGUACGAAAUGGGUGAUUCUCACACUUGUGAUAAGCACUCCUUGUUAUUUGCCAAAGUGGUGUUUCAUGCUCGUGAACUGACAGAGAGUGAUUGGAAAAACAUAAUAUUAAAUCCUGAGAACGAACCAGUUUUGCAUGUAGUUGGUAACAUAUUAGGAUCCUUAGGAACCGAAACAGCAUUAAAAGUGGCUCGAGAACAAUUAUUGAUAGAAGGUCCUAGCUUUAUCGACGACUAUUUAUUUUCUGCUGCUUUAUCAUUAAGCAAAGAUCAUUCAUGGCAUAAAAAAUUAGUUUAUUGGUUAACAGAAGAAUCUGGUACCAAAAGUUUCUGGAAAAUCGCAAACACUGUCAGCUCUAUUCUGUACAAAAAAUGUGAAGAAUCUCCCAGCUCAAUAAACUCGUGUAAUAAAGGAAAAACAAGUAUCGUUAACAAGUUCUUGGAAAUCGUCACGAACAGUACGGAUGAUGAAUGGAGAUAUGAAGCUUUAAAUGUACUGUACAACCUACCAAUCACAGGAUCAUAUCAAUACGCAAAAAAGUUUAUCUGCAAUAAGCUAUCCACCAGUAAACAACAGACUGCUGCAUUGAAGCUCGUCAAACGUGUACAUCAUCAUCAGUAUGAUUCACAACUUGGCGCCUUGCUUGUUAAAGUAUUCCGCAACACUUGUGUUCAGUUUACACCUACCAAGGACUCUCAGUUGGCGGUCGAUAUCCUAUUAAAAUACUUGCCUGAACAUGAGAACAUCGGUACGCAUAUUUUACGUACCGAGUCGUUGUAUCCUCAGAAUCCUGAAGUAUGGCAAUAUCUAUAUAGAGCUGUGUUAGCCAGCAACUUACAAGACGAAUUGAAAGAAGAAUACUGGAAUCGCAUGCGAUCAUUCAAAAUUUUCCGCACAAACUAUUUGCAUAAGUCUCUUAAAGCUGAUUCCAAUGUCAAUUGGAGCAUUCUCAACAAUAUUGCUGGAUUCAAUUUGGAGAAGCAGUCAAGUGUUGAGUUUGAUGAUGGAAUUUUCAAAAGAACUGACUUUGAUAUUUCCUUGAAGAAGGGGAAGAAAAUUAACCAUCAUCUCUUUGGGCUUUCGAUCAGCUCUUCGGGUGUAGACAGUUUCGUGAGAGACAGUUCCAGCAACCCCGUCGACGUAGAGCCAGAGGCGAGCGUUCGUUUGAGCAUUCUGAAUCAUGCUCUUCCUGAAGUUUCAGUAUUCAAGGGCACCACUGGCAUGAUGUCUGCUGUGUGGAACGCCGAUGGACAAACCUUAAAGGCGUUCGAAGGAAACGCUAUAUUACGGGAUGCUUUGGUAGGUCUCCCACUUUUGUCUGGAAUGACAGCUGAGCUGGUUUCCAUGGGUGCUGCCUCAAUAAAACUUCUUGGAUCAUGUGAAAUAUCGCUGUGGAAUAAAGAAUCAUCAACAUCUAUUGCCGCCAACGUUUCCAUCUCGUUCUUAACAUCUGCGAAAUUACUACAUGGUGACAAAGUCGAACACAGUUUAUCCUCAACGUACUCAGCUACUGGAUCUCUUAUCAGCUAUGUCGAUGCAUCAUUCAAUGAAUUACCUCCAAGCUUCUGUAUGCGGGUAGAACGAAGUAACAUGGAAUUAAGAAGAACACACAAAGAAAGAGUGAGCGAUGAAGUGAAGAAGAAUACCCAGAGCCGAUUAGUUUACCCCGGAGUAUCUCUCUACGUUGACAAUGCAACUACAAAACAAUGUAAUGUGCAUGCCAAAAAGUUCGAACAAUACUAA